AUGCAUCCCGGAAUAGUAGGUAGUGAUUCUGAUGACGAUGAUGACAUCAAAGUAUCCAGUCGUAGACAGAAGAGACAAGUUCAUUUUGAUCCCAAUGCUAAAGAAUCAAAGAGGGAGAAAGAGGUUGAUCGAACAGAAGAUAAUGAUGGAAAGUUGAAUAAACAAAAGAAAAGAAAGAAGAAAAAAACACAAGGUAAUGAGAAUCUUCAAGGGACAAAUGGUGGUUAUGCAUGGGAAGACGAAAUUAAGAGAAGUUGGGAUUUAGUUACAGUAGAUGAGGAGACUGAUAUGACCUCCUUGGUUGCUAGUCUAAUUGAUGCAAGAAAGAAGCGUGCUGCUAAAAGAAAUAUAACACCAUAUCAACGUGGUAUAAUCAGGACGUUAAUUUUAACAUUAGAUUGUAGUGAAAGUAUGACAGAGAAAGAUUUGAGACCUACCAGACAUGCAAUGAUGAUCCAAUACUCCAUAGACUUUAUUCACGAUUUUUUUGACCAAAAUCCAAUAUCACAAGUAGGCAUAGUAAUUAUGAGAAAUGGACUUGCCCAAUUAGUCAGUCAAGUCAGUGGUAAUCCCCAAGAUCACAUAGAUGCUUUAAAAAAGAUUAGAAAACAAGAACCGAAGGGGAACCCAUCCUUACAAAAUGCUUUGGAAAUGGCGAGAGGGUUACUUUUACCCAUCCCAUCCCAUUGUACUAGGGAAGUACUUCUAAUUUUUGGUAGUCUAUCAAGUACAGAUCCUAGUGAUAUACAUCAAACAAUAGCAUCUCUGGUGGAAGAAAGAAUACGUUGCAAGGUUAUCGGAUUAUCUGCACAGGUAGCUAUCUGCAAAGAACUAUGUAAACAAACAAAUUAUGGUGAUGAAUCCUUUUAUAGAAUUUUAUUAGACGAAACCCAUUUUAAGGAACUAUUUGAUGAAGCCGUAGUUCCAUUACCGGUUAAUAGAAUUAAUAAGGGAUUCACAUUAGUUAAAAUGGGUUUCCCAACUAGGGUAUACGAAGACACACCCACAUUUUGUUCAUGCCAUUCUAGACUAGUGUACGGAGGAUACUUCUGUCCAAAUUGUCACAAUAAAGUUUGUUCCUUACCAACAGUAUGUCCAUGUUGUGAUUUGAUGUUAAUCUUAUCCACACAUUUAGCUAGAUCGUAUCACCAUUUGAUGCCAUUGAAGACCUUUAGUGAAGUUUCAACCGAAGAGGGAGACUUUCCAACUGAGAAUUGUUUCAGUUGUCAAAAGGGCUUUCCAGUAUUGAAGAAUAAUAAAACUGGGAAAUUAUUAACUAGUUCACGUUAUCGAUGUUCGGAUUGUUCUCAAGACUUUUGCAUUGAUUGUGAUGUCUUCAUUCAUGAAAUACUUCACAGCUGUCCUGGUUGUGAAUCAAAACCAACCAUUUAG